UUCCUCAGACGGAGGGGCAGAACCCCAGACCAGGCCUGGCACGAAGCAGGGGUGCCGUGAGCAGGAAGGAGCCGACACCGGGCGUGGGUGCUGGCCAGGGGAAGGGGAAGCCUUUCCUCUCUCAAGGUGUCUCCUGAGACAGGUGGAACCGGAGCCAGGUGCACUGUGAUGGGCGGUGGAGAGCUGGGUCCUCUUAGAGCUGUCCCGCCACCUCCCCUGUGCCGCCUCCAGACCUGACCUUGCUGCUACUGACCCUCAGCCCCGUGGCGUCAGCACUGUGUCCUGCGGCCAUCGGCCACCCUCUCCGUGAACACUUGCUCUGUCAUCACCACGUAAGGAGAGGUCACUGGCUGUCCCCAUGAGGAGCACUGUUCCUAGAGCCACGUCCACCCCUGGCCUGCCAAUCACUUGUCACACCUGCAGGGAGACGGCAGUGGACCUGUCUGCCCUCUUGUCCUCUGAGCCCCUGCCUUUCUCCCUCUGCCUCUCAGUCACCUCCUGUGGCCCGUGGCUGUCCCUCUGCUGGGGCCUGAACGGUGUCCAGUGGCCUUGUCACGGGGCACGUGACAGGUGUGGCUUGUGGGUUUACUUAGCCAUCUGUUUGGAUGUACUUUAAAGAGAUCCAGCCACAUAUUCCAAAUCAUUUGACUUUCUCAUCAAAUUUCCCUCGAUGACUUCUGUGUCUGCCUUCCUCCGCUUCCUGCUCGGUCCCCACAGACCACCACUUUCCAGAGCUAGAACACACUCGAGCCUCGUGCCUCAGACGGGAGGCCCACCUUCACUUGGGGAUGGUGCUGCUCGGCUGGAGUGUGCUGUGGCUGCUGCUGCCUCUUGGCUCCAGGGCCCAGAAGCUGCCCACUCGAGAUGAGGAGCUUUUCCAGAUGCAGAUCCGAGACAAGGCGUUUUUCCACGAUUCAUCAGUCAUUCCAGAUGGAGCCGAGAUCAGCAGCUAUCUCUUCAGAGACACACCUAAAAGGUACUUCUUUGUGGUUGAAGAGGACAAUACUCCACUCUCGGUCACGGUGACGCCCUGCGAUGCGCCCUUGGAGUGGAGGCUGGGACUGCAGGAGCUGCCCGAGGACAGCAGUGGGGACAGCUCAGGUGACCCCGAGCCCCUCGAGCAGCAGAGGCAGCAGAUGACACACGAGGAAGGCACGGAGCUGUUCUCCUACAAGGGCAACGCCGUGGAGUCCUUCGCCUCCUCCAGUUCCCCCGCGGGUCUGUACCAGCUGGAGCUCCUCUCCACGGAGAAAGACACGCACUUCAAAGUGUACGCCACCACAACUCCAGAGUCGGACCAGCCGUACCCGGAGCUGCCUUACGACCCCCGAGUGGACGUGACCUCCCUGGGGCGCACCACGGUCACGCUGGCCUGGAAGCCGAGCCCCACGGCCUCCUUGCUGAACCAGCCCAUCCAGUACUGCGUGGUCAUCAACAAAGAACACAAUUUCAAGAGUCUCUGUGCAGCAGAAGCCAAGCUGGGGGCGGACGAUGCCUUCAUGAUGGUCCCCAAACCUGGUCUCGACUUUAGCCCCUUCGACUUUGCCCAUUUUGGGUUUCCUCCCGACCACCUGGGCAAAGAACGCAGCUUCCUGGCAAAGGCUUCUCCCAAAUUGGGCCGUCCCGUGCACCCCAGGCCCAAGGCGGACAUUCAGAAAGUCUGCAUAGGCAGCAAGAAUAUCUUCACCGUCUCCGACCUGAAGCCGGACACGCAGCACUACUUCGACGUCUUCGUGGUCAACACCAACACCAACAUGAGCACCGCCUAUGUGGGCACCUUUGCCAGGACCAAGGGGGAGGCCAAGCAGAAGACCCUGGAGCUCAAGGACGGCAAGGUGACGGACGUGUUUGUCAAGAGGAAGGGGGCCAAGUUUCUCCGCUUUGCUCCUGUCUCUUCCCACCAGAAAGUGACCUUCUUCAUCCACUCUUGCCUGGACGCUGUCCAGGUCCAGGUGAGAAGAGACGGGAAGCUGCUUCUGUCCCAGAAUGUGGAGGGCAUCCGGCAGUUCCAGCUGAGAGGAAAACCUAAAGCCAAGUACCUCGUCCGCCUGAAGGGAAACAAGAAAGGGGCUUCCGUGCUGAAGAUCCUGGCGACCACAAGGCCCGGCAAGCAGUCCUUCCCCUCUCUGCCCGAAGACACGCGCAUCAAAGCCUUUGACAGGCUCCGCACCUGCUCCUCGGCCACAGUGGCCUGGCUGGGCACGCAGGAGAGGAACAAGUUCUGCAUCUACAGGAAAGAGGUGGACGACAACUACAGCGAAGACCAGAAGAAGAGAGAGCAGAACCAGUGCCUGGGACCGGACACCAGGCCCAAGUCGGAGAAGGUCCUCUGCAAGCACUUCCACAGUCAGAACCUGCAGAAGGCGGUGACCACAGAGACCGUCGGAGGUCUGCAGCCCGGCAAGUCCUACCUGCUGGACGUCUACGUCAUCGGACACGGCGGGCACUCCGUGAAGUACCAGAGUAAAGUCGUCAAGACCAGGAAGCUCUGCUAGGUCCCGCGGGAGGGACCCCAAGUCACUUUACCUGUUGAUUGACAGCUCCCACAGCCGAGAGAAGUCGUCACCUGUGCUUGUGCCACCGAAGGCAGGAGAGCCAGGGAUACUGAUGUUUACAUAGCAGCAGAGAGACCUGCUCCAGCACCCCAGGUCACCUUGUGUGCGUCCGACAUCACUGGACGUCAAAGACACAGCCCGCCUGGGAGAAACUGCCGCCCCUCGCUCUGUCCACUGCAUGAACUGCUUCUAAAUUAUUUUAUUACCUAAAAGUCUAAAGUACGCCAUUCAUUGCACACAUCCACAAAGGCAAAUCAUCCCUCUCUAUAGACGCUAGGAGAUUUAUAUAUAUAUAUAUAUACACACAUAAAUUAUUUUAUAAAGUCUUGUUUCAAAUGUCAGUGUUUCUAUGAUUGUAAACUAUUAAAUUCUUUUGCUGUUAAAGGACAGAUCUAAUCUAAGUAUUCUUAAGUGGACAGCCCUCUAGUAAUUUACAUAUUACUAUUGUAAAUUCUUAUUUGUUGAGUAAAAGGUUUAAAUUCUGUAUGUAUCUCAUGUACAAAGUCGACACACAUUAUAUUCGUGUACAUAAAAUUAAAGAUAUUAGAUUA